GAUUCCAAUUAAGCAGGACUCUUAGAAUAUCCCAAAUUUUUACCACACCAAAACUGAAAUAGAGGACAGAUUCCAGAAAAUGUUCUUGAAGAUCUACUUUUUCAUUGGGGUUCACUGAAACAAACCCAAGUUUUUCUUUGUGAAGAAGAAUAUGUGAGAUUCUUGGCUUUUUCAUGCUGUAACUAGAAUAUGAGAAUCUGAUUGGACCUGGAAUUGCUAUAGGGUUCUGCGUCUUUCUCAACUUUUGGGUGCAACAUUGUUUUCUGAUCGGAUAUUUGGUGUUCCUCUGCUGAUUCUUUUACCAUCUGAGUGGAAAAUUUUGAGUGAGGUUAAAGAUGUAUGUGGUGGAAAGCAAAGGAGGGGCCAUAGCAUGUAUGCUGCUGGCCUUGAUCUUAUUGGGGACAUGGCCUGCUGUCCUGGCUAUGCUCGAGAGAAGAGGCCGGCUUCCUCAGCAUACUUAUCUGGAUUACUCUAUCACCAAUUUCUUGGCUGCUAUUCUGAUUGCUUUGACAUUUGGUCAGAUAGGCAGUAGCACACCCGACAAGCCCAAUUUUAUAACUCAACUUUCACAGGAUAAUUUGCCCAGUGUGUUAUUCGCAAUGGUGGGUGGGAUAGUCCUGAGCCUUGGAAAUCUUUCUACACAGUAUGCAUGGGCUUUAGUAGGUUUAUCAGUGACAGAGGUGAUAACUGCAAGCAUCACAACUAUCAUAGGCACAACCUUGAACUACUUCUUAGAUGACAGAAUUAAUAGAGCCGAGAUUCUUUUCCCUGGUGUCGCUUGCUUCUUGAUUGCAGUUUGUCUUGGCUCUGCUGUUCACUCAUCCAAUGCAGCUGAUAACAAAGUAAAACUUGACAGUGUUGACAGUGAGUCAAAAGGAGAAAAGGCUUCAAAACAAAUUGCAAAUAAGGAUGGGUUGAAGGAUCUGGAGAGUGCAAAUGACAAAGCAAAGGCUGGGACAGCAGACUAUCUUGUACAGCUUGAGGACCAAAGAGCAAUUAAGGUUUUUGGGAAGAAUACUUAUGUUGGACUGGCCAUAUGUUUCUUUGCCGGUCUUUGCUUCUCCCUCUUCACACCAGCAUUCAAUGUCGCCACAAAUGAUCAGUGGCAUACUUUGAAGAAAGGAGUUCCUAAUUUGGUUGUCUAUACUGCGUUUUUCUACUUCUCAUUAUCUUGCUUCGUCCUUGCUGUCAUUUUAAACAUCAUCUUCCUCUACCACCCUAUGCUAGGCUUACCCAAAACGACAUUCAAAGCUUAUUUGAAUGACUGGAAUGGUAGGGGUUGGGCCCUUUUGGCCGGAGUCCUAUGUGGAUUUGGAAAUGGUCUCCAAUUCAUGGGAGGGCAAGCUGCAGGAUAUGCAGCAGCUGAUUCUGUGCAGGCACUUCCACUUGUGAGCACUUUCUGGGGCAUACUUCUGUUCGGAGAAUACAGAAGAUCGUCACGAAGAACAUAUAUAUUGCUUACCGGCAUGUUGACAAUGUUUAUUGUUGCCGUUGCCGUCCUAAUGGCAUCAGCGGGGCAUCGAAAAUGAGUAUUCACUCCUUGUCUAGAAUUUGUAAAUCUAUGUAUAACACAAAAUGAAGAUUAUGUACUGGUUUCUUGGUAUUUAAGAAAAUAGUAACAGUA